CCUAUGAUUGGCACACCGUGCAUCUUUAAACCGGGAUCGAGAUUACAAUUUUUCUGGAACGAUUUGACAUUAAACCUUUUCUUGAAAUAAUUUUUUCUUCAACUUACAGUUACAAACAGUUAUUUACAAAGGCUUCGGAAAUGAAACGAAAACAUUUUAUUGAUUGAAAGAAAAAAAGACUUCCGACUAAUUGUGCACGAGAGAUGUGAGAGUCGUGAACGAGGCGUUCAAACCUUACAGGCAGCAGCUGACUCUCUUUAGAUUGGAUUUGGCAGACAGGAGCAGGCCAGUAAUCAUAAAUAAUACGCUUCAAGUGUAAUUUAAUUGUUGAACUUUGUUUAAUUAUUUUCCCUGGCUUCUUUAACAUUUGUGUUUCCUGUCUCGAUUGCCUGGUUUUCGGGUGAGACGGAAUGACUAGCAACACCUGCAGCCACUUGGCAAGAGAGUGCUUCAUUAGCAUGCCAGCUAGCUGCUUUCGGUAUUCAGUGCGCAAGAUGGCGGUCUGUUGCUUGUUGUUGAUCUUCAUCACAUCUUCCUCGGCCGUCAAUGAGUACUUCACAUCCAUCGGUCACAUGACUGACCUCCUGUACACGGAGAAGGACCUGGUGGCCUCGCUGAAGGAUUACAUCCAAGCUGAAGAGAACAAACUGGAGCAGAUUAAGAAGUGGGCCGAGCAGCUGGACAGCCUCUCUGCUGCUGCCAUCCGGGACCCCGAAGGCUUCCUGGGCCAUCCCGUGAACGCUUUUAAACUGAUGAAGCGGCUGAGCAGGGAGUGGGGCGAGUUGGAGAACCUGGUGCUCACCAACAUGUCUGACGGGUUCAUCUCCAACCUCACCAUCAGGAGGCAGCACUUCCCCAACGAAGUAGACCAGACUGGUGUGGCCGAGGCCUUGCUGAGGCUGCAGGACACGUACGAGCUGGACACCAACACCCUCGCCAAAGGAGAGCUGCCAGGAAGCUCCUCCCUCCGCGGCACCCUGACGGCGGACGACUGCUACGACCUUGGAAAGGUGGCGUUCCAGGAGGACGACUUCUACCACACGGAGCUGUGGAUGUCCCAGGCUCUGAGACAGCUGGACCAGGGGGAGCCGCCCGGCACCGUGGAUGCAGUCACCAUCCUGGACUAUCUCAGCUACUCCCUCUACCAGCAGGGGGAGCUGGAGAGCGCCAUGGAGUUUACCAAGCGGCUGCUGCAGUUGGACCCCAGUAAAAAGCAAGCUGAAACAAACCUUCGCUACUUUGAGUACCACCUGGAGAAGCUGCAGAAUGGGGAGGAGACGGAGGAGACGCUCAGGAUGGGUCGAGCUGCCCCAAACAUGGAGGACGACAACAUGUAUGAGAAGCUGUGUCGUGGCAAGAGCGCUGAAAUGACUCCCCGCAGACAGAGUCGCCUCUUCUGCCGUUACCGUGACGGCGGUCGCCAUCCGAGGUUCGUGAUCGGUCCUGUGAAAGAGGAGGACGAGUGGGACCAUCCCCGCAUCGUUCGAUAUCAUGACAUAGUGACGGACGAGGAGAUGGACAAGUUGAAAGAGCUUGCCAAACCCAGGCUAAGGCGUUCCCUAGUGGUCGACAGUCGGUCAGGCUGUUCUCACGAGGCCAGGUACAGAAUCUCGGAGAAUGCCUGGCUGGGACAACACGAGCAUCCCGUCGUGGACCUGAUGGCCCAGAGGAUUGGGGACGUCACCGGCUUGGACGUUUCCACAGCAGAGCAGCUGCAGGUGGCAAACUAUGGCGUUGGAGGACAGUAUGAACCACAUUACGAUUUUAAUCGGGAAGAUGAGCCCGACUCCUUUGCAGAGCUUGGGACGGGAAACCGAAUCGCCACCUGGCUGCUUUACAUGAGCGACGUGCAGGCAGGGGGCGCCACAGUCUUCACGGAUGCGGGAGCUGCUGUUUGGCCCAAGAAGCAAACUGUGUACCUAAUGAAGUGUCCACGCUGUCUGGGUCACAAGGGGUCGGCGGUGUUCUGGUACAACCUUCACCCCAGCGGAGACGGAGACUAUCGGACCAGACACGCCGCCUGUCCCGUCCUUGUGGGAAGCAAGUGGGUGGCCAAUGUGUGGCUGCACGAACGAGGGCAAGAGUUCAGGCGGCGCUGUCCGCUCCGAAGGUCCAAGAGCGCACGUGUCAACCGGAUUACACAUUAAACCGAGACCAUUCUGCUUUGUACGCUUUGUAUCAGUGUGUCACCGUGACGACCGCCAUUUGUUGUGUGGCACGCAACAAACGGUUAGCUGUGAUCACAUGGCUUUGGAGACCCGCUGCUUGUUUUUCUCACUAAUUGAUUAUCAGAGCAUUUGCGGAUGAUCUUUCGGUUGACUAAAAUACAAAAGUCUGCCUUUGGGUAAUUUUGGAUCAGCCCCACCCCCCUUUUCCUCCGUGAGUGGCUGCAUCUGCCCGUCACUGGAUGUGAGAACGUGUCCAGCUGUCCAGGGUAGUGUGGCAAUACUGACACGGAACACAGAGACGGACUCAUUUAUCGCUGUUCAUUGGUUCCAGACCUGAUGACCGUGAUAAAUGAUUUUAUGCAGGGUAGCAUUCCUAAUUUAGAAAGUGAAUACUGUCGUAAUUACAGCAGACAAAACAUGGUUUUCGAUUAGUGCCCGCUUCACUUGGUAUUCACAAAAAAAUGCCUUACUAUACAUCAUGUCUGAAAAAAUGCCUUACUAUACAUCAUGUCCAAAAAAAUGCCUUACUAUGCAAAAAGGUCAGGGAAUUGAACCCCAGUCUCAUAGCUGUGUGUCCUGCACACUAACCAUUCAACUACCGUGCAGUUGCCUCCUUGUACAUCAUGUCCAAUAACAUGCAAUAAAAAACCUUACUGUACAUCAUAUCCAAAAACUGACUUACUAUUCAUCAUGUCCGAAAAAACGCCUUACUAUUCAUCAUGUCUGAAAAAACGCCUUACUAUACAUCACGUCU